AUGGCGACAUCGUUUUCUAAAAUCCUAACCAGAUCGAACGCUCACAGCCACAGGUGUUCUACUACGGCCAGUAUCUCUACCUCUCCGAGACAAUUCUGGUCACGACACUUCUCCGUCGUCGCCGACUCUUCCUUCUCUAGCUCCGCCGUGCUUGGUAGCCAACAACCUAGUUCUUCAGCUCCACCGCAAGAUAACAAACGAGGGUCGAAGUGGACACAACUGCUCUUGUUCUUGCCUGGAGCGAUUACAUUCGGCCUCGGGUCAUGGCAGAUAGUCAGAAGGGAAGAAAAGAUCAAAACACUGGAGUACCAACAGCAACGGUUGAACAUGGAACCAAUGAUGCUAAAUACAGAACAUCCCCCUGAUAAGAAUCUGGAUACCUUAGAAUUUAGACGGGUUAGUUGCAAAGGUGUGUUUGAUGAGCAAAGGUCUAUCUACUUGGGUCCACGGUCUAGGUCCAUAUCGGGAGUGACUGAAAAUGGAUUCUAUGUCAUCACACCUCUAAUGCCCAUCCCGAUUGACCUGGAUAGCAUGCAGUCGCCUAUUCUGGUGAACCGCGGAUGGGUUCCUCGAAGUUGGAGAGAAAAGUCAGCAGAAUCCACAGAUGCUGACGUUGUUACAAACCAGUCAACAGAAGCUAAAUCACCCUCCGAUGAACAAAAUUCAUGGUGGAAAUUUUGGUCCAAGACGCCAGUGAUUACCAAGGAGCAUGUAUCCGCGGUGAAGCCUGUAGAAGUCGUUGGUGUGAUCAGGGGAGGGGAGAACCCGAGUAUAUUUGUUCCAGCCAAUGAUCCAAGUACUGGGCAAUGGUUCUAUGUAGACGUUCCUGCAAUGGCUCGAGCCAUAGGUCUUCCUGAAAGCACAAUCUAUGUAGAGGACGUUCAUGAAGACAUAGAUCGGAGUAGACCGUAUCCUGUCCCCAAAGACAUCAACACUUUGAUCCGUAAUAAAGUUAUGCCACAAGACCAUCUCAACUACUCAAUAACAUGGUACUCUCUCUCCGCUGCUGUCACUUUCAUGGCUUACAAGAGGCUCAAGCCAAAGUCUGCCCGCAGAUAA